CGGCGUCGGGGGCCCGCGGUCGGUGAGAGACCCGGGCUGGCGGUGGUUUCCGGUUCCGCGGGGCUGGCGGGCGGGCUGGCGGCCCGGAGCGGCGGCGGUAGCGGCGCCUGACAAUGAGGGCGGCGGGGCUGCGUUGAGCGGCGGCGGCGGCGGCGGCGGCGACGAGAGACGCGGGGCCCGGGGGCGGGGCGGGGCGCCAGCCAUGGACAAUCAGGCUGGGGCACGGCCAUCCUUGGUGACAUCUCCAUCUCCGUGGGGAGCAGGUCGUCGGCCCGCGGUCAGCAAGAUGGUUUCCUGUAGUGGAAGUGCUGAAAGGAUCAGGUGCACUGUGCAGGUCAAGUUAGAGCUGGGGCACCGUGCUCAGCUGCGCAAGAAGCCCACCACGGAGGGCUUCACCCACGACUGGAUGGUGUUUGUCCGCGGCCCCGAGCAGUGCGAGAUCCAGCACUUCGUGGAGAAGGUGAUCUUCCGGCUGCAUGACAGCUUCCCCAAGCCCAAGCGAGUGUGCAAGGAGCCCCCCUACAAAGUGGAGGAGUCGGGUUACGCUGGCUUCAUCAUGCCCAUUGAGGUCUACUUCAAAAACAAGGAGGAGCCGAGGAAGGUGUGCUUCACCUAUGACCUGUUCCUGAACCUGGAGGGCAACCCGCCCGUGAACCACCUGCGCUGUGAGAAGCUCACCUUCAACAACCCCACCACGGAGUUCCGCUACAAGCUGCUCAUGGCUGGCGGGGUCAUGGUAAUGCCCGAAGGAGCAGAAACGGUGUCCAGGCCCAGUCCCGACUACCCCAUGUUACCCACAAUUCCACUCUCUGCCUUCUCUGACCCCAAGAAGACCAAACCGUCCCACGGCUCCAAGGACGCCAACAAGGAGAGCAGCAAGGCCUCUAAGCCGCACAAGGUGACCAAGGAGCACCGCGAGCGGCCUCGCAAGGACUCGGAGAGCAAGAGCUCUUCCAAGGAGCUGGAGCGCGAGCAGGCCAAGAGCUGCAAGGACGCCGCGCGCAAGCUGGGGGAGGGCCGGCCGCCCAGGGAGGACAAGGCCCCGCCGCCCAAGGCCGCGUUCAAGGAGCCCAAGGCGGCCCUGAAGGAGGCCAAGCUGGAGGGCGCGUCCCCCAAGGGGGCGCCCCAGCCCUCCGCCCUGCCCAAGGCGGCCAGCAAGCGGCCAGCUGCCGCGGACUCGCCAAAGCCCAGUGCCAAAAAGCAGAAGAAGAGCAGCUCGAAGGGGUCCCGGGGCGCUCCCGGCACCUCACCCCGCACCUCGUCCUCCUUCCCGGACAAGAAGCCAGCCAAGGACAAGAGUGCCGCCCGGGUGGAGAAGGUGAAGGCCGAGAGCGAGUCCAGGGAGGCCCGGAAGGCCCUGGAAGUGGAGGGCUCCAACUCGGAGGACGAGGCCUCCUUCAAGUCUGAGUCCGCACAGUCCAGCCCGUCCAACUCCAGCUCCAGCUCCGACUCCAGCUCAGACUCGGAUUUCGAGCCUUCACAGAACCACAGCCAAGGGCCCCUGCGCUCCAUGGUAGAGGACCUGCAGUCCGAGGAGUCAGAUGAGGGUGACUCUUCAUCGGGUGAGGAGGCCACCACCAAGGUGAACCCCGGCCGGGACUCCAGGUUGAGCUUCAGCGACAGCGAGAGUGACAACAGUGGGGACUCCUGUCUGCCUGGCCGCGAGCCGCCACCCCCCCAGAAGCCGCCCCCGCCCAACAGCAAGGCGGCGGGCCGCAGGAGCCCUGAGCCCUGCAGCAAGCCGGAGAAGAUCCUCAAGAAGGGCGCCUACGACAAGGCCUACACGGACGAGCUGGUGGAGCUGCACCGGCGGCUGAUGGCGCUGAGGGAGCGCAACGUGCUGCAGCAGAUUGUGAACCUGAUCGAGGAGACCGGCCACUUCAACGUCACCAACACCACCUUCGACUUCGACCUCUUCUCCCUGGACGAGAGCACGGUGCGCAAGCUGCAGAGCUACCUGGAGGCCGUGGCCACAUGACCGCCCAGGCCCCGGGAGGCCCCGCGGACCCCGCCCGCCUCCCCGCUCCCCGCGCACCGCCGCCCACAGCACUGCCUUAGUGACCGCCCUGCCGGCCCUCGCCGCCAGCUGCACUUUCCCGGGUGGCCCCCGAGCGCCCUGGGGGCUCGGUCACCCGGGCACGGUCACCCAGGUCCCCCUUGGAGGGCGGUUUGUGCAGAAGGCAGAGCUGGGCCUGGCUCCCAAAAGAGGAAAAAGCUUAGGCGGGGCGAGUGUGGCCGAGGGCCCCUCGCCCGGCCUCGGCCUCGGGACCGAGGGCCUGCCUGAGCAGCCGCCCCCCAAACGGUUUGGAAGCCGCCGGGGCCCAGCCCCUCGAAGGCCUGUGGUCCUCGGCUGGCCAGGCUGGCCGUCUGUACAGCUGUCCGUGUAUUAUAUAUAUGUGCGCUGCGUGUGUUCAGGAGCGGUUCCGUGUGCGUUUCUGUGCCAGCUGCACGUGGGGGGUGGGGGGAUGCGGGAGGGGGGCUUGUAGGUUAAGGUGUCUCCGGGGUCUCCCUCGGCCGCCCUCUCCAGGGCUUGAAGGGAGCGUCCCUCUGGUUCCAAGGACGCUGAGGCCCCUGGGCCAGUGAACACUACAGCCACAAUGGGGUGGCCUGUCCUCAGGGCACCCGGGACACGCGUGUCCGCGUCCCCGGGGCUCCUCUUCCAUAGGACCCUCUUCCUCGACGGUCAACGAUCAAGUCUUCGAACUUUGAACAAAUGAGCUUUUGCCAAAUAAGACAGGCUGGUUGGCAUCAGGAGGCGCUCAGGCCACCUCCUCUCCUGCCGCAGCCUCCGCGCUCGCCAGGCCCAGCCUGGGAGUCUCCUGUCGACCCGAGGUCCUCCGAGGGCCAUGGCUCAGCCUCGCAGGGCCCGUGGACCUGGUGCAGCGCACCCGCCGCCCUCGGUUUUCCUGGACCCGGCCCUGCACAGCACCGCCAGACCCUCAUCCGACUGUAGUCGUUGCCAGUGUUGAUGCCCUGACCUAGCUGUGGCCCCACGUCCUCUACCCUGUCCCUGGGUGUCCUGUCCUCCCCUACAGGCUCAGGCAUGGGAGGUGCCAGCUGCUGAGGUCCUGGUCCUACCCUUGCUCUGAGCCUCUGAGCCGGACAGAACACUCCCUGGAGGACCCCUGCCUACAGGGCAUCCCUCACACCAGCACUGCUGGAGGCUCCCCAGAUUCUUGGGGAGAGGCCCGCCCACUCCGCAGGGAGCCUCUGCAGCCCCUCGGGCCACUCCGGCCCCUGCCCCACUGCCCGUGGGCCCCGCUGCCACGUCCCCUUCCCAGGCAGGCCAGCAAUACUCACAGUGGGGCUGUACCGUCACCCCUCGGGGAACUCCAAGACUCGGGCCAGAGGGCUGCUCCGGGCCGCGGCCUUCCUCCUGCCUGAGGGGCCCGGGAGCCCUUCGGCGACCCGGGCUGGCGCUCUGCCACUCGGGAUCCAGGACCUCCAAGAGCGCCGACCCACUUCUCAGUUACCUCCUCCGGCCAGAAGGCCUGGCCGCUGUCCUCCAGGGCUGCUCUGGACGCGGGGCCGCACCGGGCCCUGCCCGCAGCCUUCCGGCUCCCUCCCCGCCGCCACAGCCAUGGCCUCGGGGACACUUCCACAGGAAGGGCGAAGGGUUCUCACACGGACCCCGGCCCCUCCUGAGUGAACUGUAAACCGACACCAGAACCCAAGGUAUCCAAUACCUUCUCUCCCUCGAGGGUUUCUAACCAAGAACGUGUCUCACAGCAACUGGACACUUCACCGGCCCAAGACCAACUCCUGGAUCAAAGGAAAAAGAAGUGUGUUUGUAAUGCGUCACAGGAUUGUUUCUGUCCUGGAUUUUAAACUUUUUGUUAAAUUGUGAAAUUAUGGAGGAGUUUUAUAGAAAAAAAGUGAAAUAAAGUCAGAUGGGAAAGCUGA